AUGUCCACAUUCGAGCCAGUUGUCGUUAUCGACGGCAAGGGACACCUCUUGGGUCGCCUGGCCAGCAUUGUGGCUAAGCAGUUGCUCAACGGUCAGAAGAUUGUCGUCGUUCGAUGUGAAGCCCUCAACAUCUCCGGCGAAUUCUUCCGCGCUAAGCUGAAGUACCAUGCCUACCUCCGCAAGGCCACCCGUUUCAACCCUACCCGUGGUGGUCCCUUCCACUUCCGCGCCCCUUCUCGCAUCUUCUACAAGACCGUCCGCGGUAUGAUUCCUCACAAGACCGCCCGUGGUGCCGCUGCCUUGGAGAGACUCAAGGUCUUCGAGGGUGUCCCUCCCCCAUACGACAAGAAGAAGCGUGUUGUUGUUCCCCAGGCUCUCCGUGUGCUCCGCCUCAAGCCCGGUCGCAAGUACUGCACCGUUGGCCGUCUCAGCCACGAAGUCGGCUGGAAAUACCAGGAUGUUGUUUCCAGACUCGAGGAGCGACGCAAGGUUAAGAGUUCUGCAUACUACGAGCGCAAGAAGGCCAUCCGACGACAGCUCGCCCAGGCCCAAAAGACCGCCAAGGUUGACGACAAGGUCAAGAGCCAAUUGGCCGAGUUGGGAUACUAA